GGCAGCAGCGAGACAUCUUCUCUCUCUGAUCCCCAGCAACAAGAACUCCCACUCCGCUCUCACGUGUCUCCUUAUAUCCCCCUCCCAAUUGUCCCGGUUCUCCCUUGUGUCUCUUUAGGGCUGACAGCUAGUGCCUGUCAGGCCACCAAUCACCCCUUAUCGCACGUCUCCCUGGCAAUACCUCCGGUGUCAACAUUCAACCCCGGGCUGACCCCGUCUGCACCCGAUUCUCCCCCUAAUGAGGUGGAGGUAUGCUCGUGCAACCUCACGUUGCACACGCGCACCUGUCUGCCCUCGAUUGCCCUCGGCCAAGAGUGCGCACCGCAUAUUUUACCACACUACACAUAUAUAGAUAAACCACAGAACUAAGCCACGAGAAGGAGUCUCAGUGGAGUCCCAGCAGCGGAAAUCAGCACAGUACAAAUUGAGCAGUUGGCAUGCAAGGUUGAGCAGCAAGCAGAUAGCACCAAAAGAAAUACCGUAAAAAUAGUAAUCAUUUACAUUUGUACGGCGCAUUUCAUCCGUAGAUUCCAUUGUGCCAUGCAUGGCAAGCAGGAAACAGACAGAACCAGGAUAGACAGCUAGCACUAGUUGGGGGUAAAGGCCAGUUUAGGGUUGAGUGCACGCUGUGGGUUAAAACAGCAGUCAAGCUGUAGAGUUGAGUUGGCACGUAUGUAUGUAUGUACGUAGGUAACAUUCGCUGGAGGAGGCAGCUGCAGGUAGAAAGCAGUAAAUAACAAACUCUGACCAAAACCCCAGUGGAACACGGCACACUACAGAGAUUAAAUGAAGGCAGGCAGGUCCCAUCAGGGUCCUAGAAAUGGAGGAUCAACAGAGAUGAACUGCAGUAACCAGAGUUGCAUUGGAGAUGUACGGCAAAAGCACAGCAGAGCCGUUCCAAAGGCAGGCAGCCCUCACUAGGGCCAGGCUGGGAUGUAAGCACACUCCAGAAUUGAGCUGCAGAAAUUCAGCUCCCAGGCAGACAGGCUUAACAUCAAGCCCCACACCAGAGUCCCAGCAGGGAUGAACAAAAUACUAAAAUAAUACCAAAACGUAUGUGGGCAUUUCAUGAAUGUAAUGCCCUCAUAUCUUUUGAUAUGUGGAGGUCAAGUCAACUCGUUUAGACCUCAGAUUUUAACUUAACUGACCGUGCUAUGCUCCAAAAGAUUUUUCAAGAAUUUGUGUAUGCAUGUUGAACUUCUUUCACACCAUACAUAGACAACCGUAUUAAUUGUAAGUGCGGGGAAGGACAAACAAAUUAAACACAAAAGCAGUUCUAAAGAAAAUAGUUUUCAAUCUAGAUUUAAAAGUGCAUAGCUGAAGUAGCCUCCUAAUACAAGCAUCUCAAAAAACAUGUAUGAUUCUACUUUAGGUAAUGAUAUGACUCCUGAAGCCUACUUUAGUCUGUUUUGCUAUGGAAAUCACAGGCGUCUGUUAUGUUUCUCAAUUUAUCUAAUUCCACUCGGGAAAAUCAUCCCAGCUUCAACUGUGGCCACCAUUUAAAUGAUGCCACCAUGUAAACACCAACUCACGUCUAAUCUCUUUUGUUGCCUCGAUUUUCUGUUUACUCUUAACUGGCUUCAACCUUCUUAGUUUUUUUCGAUUUCAACCUACUCCAACAAAAGGUAUGAUGUCUGAUUUGUUUAAAACAUGGGAGUGGAUUCCUUGGUCACAUGAAAAAUAAUGAAAAUUAGCAAUCGAAUGACAUUACCAGGAAUCUCAUUCUUACAUGUAAGCAAAACCACUUGUCUCAUUAUCAAGGACUUACUUCCUGUUUUUUUGGCAUGUCAUGCUCUUCCUUUGCAUAUUUAUUAACCAUUCGUCCUCUGCCUGAUGACUGGUGGCUUAUUUACAUUUUCAACUCCCUCUUUAAUCCCCUGCUCAUGGUCCUGUGCAUUGCUGACGAAUUUCUCCUGCUUUAAUUCAGCCUUUAGGUGUGUACAUUUAUAUUAUACUUUAACCCUGAUCCGAUGGCAUUGAACUUUGUGUUUUCCUAUUCUAAGUCUCAAGACUCCUGUUCAGGAGAGUCCUACCAAGUAUUGAAAUCAGCAGAAAUGUUUCAAAAAUGUAUUUAUUUAUUCUGGAGAACUACACUGCAAGAUUAUUUUUCAGAAGGGUCCUGCAUUGGGUUUUAUUUGAAGGUGUUUUCAGCCAACUCAUGAGUGUUUGUACGUGUAGGAAAAAACAGAUUACCCGGAGAAAACCCAUGCACGUGAGAGGGCACCACGUGCUUUAUGUACUGCCUUCUCCUGGCGACUGGGGAAGGGAGUUGCACAAAAUAUAUGCGAUCUAUCAACACUCGCCUCAGUGCUGGAUAACAGGCAUGCGGCACCACUGAUAUAUGCAAUCAUAAUUGAGAUAUUUGGCAAAUACCAGUUACAUUGUAUGAUUUUUUUAAAUAUGGGACGACACCUGAGCACCUAGAAGAAUCUCAUGCAGAACAAGGUGAGAACAUAAAAACUUGAGACAGAAAAUAACCCGAGGCAGGAAGGAACCCAAGUCCUUCAUGAGAGGCACCAUUAGCGCCACUUCGCUCCCUUGCCUGCCCUCCAAGAUGGUCGAAAGCUUUUAAUUUUGGUGUUUAUGCAAGAUAAUAUAAUUUUAUAUACUAUUAUUUAUGAUAGCCAUCUUCCCUAUUGCACAAUAAGAUUAAAUUGCCUAUAAACACUCUACAAAUACAAUGUGUAUUGUAUGAGCCAGGAAAUAUAACAAUGAAAUAUGGGUAUAAAUAUAGGUCACGUAUUCUGUAUGAUGAUGAAUUGAUUAUGAAAAUUUGGAUACGAUAGAUUUGAAAAGUGAAUUCCAUGUUUGAUAAUGCAAUUUGUGGAGUUUAAUUGUAAGAAUAAACGGACAUUUACUUCAGUAAAAUGCAUUUGUUUUUACGUAAAAAGCUCGCUGAUACUAUCAAACUUUCAGUUCCAUUCAUGUUCUUGAGAUAUUUACAUAUGCAGUGAUUUUUGUAUUGGCAUGUUUGUUUUUUCUAGACAUAAUGACCGCAUCAAACAUCUCCAUAGCCGUCAACAAGUCUGCAGACGAUGACGCUAUCAGAAUUGAAGAUGUGGUUGACACGCUUAGUGACAUGUUGAUUCUCAUAACUAUUGUACCGUCCAUGCUGUUUAUUGCGUGCAUGAUAUAUGCAAUUUGCUCUGAAAUUACGUUGAGAGCAAAUGUAAAGCACAUAUACUUGUGUUACUUGGUGAUUUGUGAUAACAUUUUUUUACUCUCUAUUACCAUUGCGUCAAUAUUUUAUUUAUCUAGAACCUAUUUUAAUGUUGGGGGUUGCCGCAUAUAUAUGAAUCUGUACAGAGGAUUGUUCAACAAUGGGAUUUGUUGUAUCACAAUGAUGGCUGUGGAGCGCUAUGUUGCCGUAUGUCACCCACUGCGUUAUCAUGCUAUUCUAACUCAAAGGUUCGCGUUUCGAUCUCUGGGUGUAAUUUGGUUUUUUUCAUUCCUUCUUCCAUUAGCAGAAAUCUGUUAUCUCAUUUCAAGUGACCGCGUGGCAUUCGAACAUACGAUGUACAUGUGCGACAGUAUGCAUAUACAGGACAAUUCACAAAUGUGGGAAAUUUUAGAAACUGUGAGGACCUCGGUGCUUGUGAUAUUAUUUGUAAGCAGUGUUAUUACACUCAUAACUACGUAUGUGUUUAUUGUUAAAGUGGCUAAACGAGCGUGUACAAGUCAGGUUGAGUCAUCAAAGGCUAAAAAUACUGUAUUGUUGCAUAUGGUUCAAUUAAUAUUGUACAUGGGUGCUUUUGCAAUUCAGUUAUGUUACUUGUUAAUAGAAAUGUUUGUGAGCAAAUAUGAACUAAAGUCUGCGUUAAAAGCAUUCGUCUACCUUUUGCUAUUUGUCUGGCCAAGAUUCUUCAGCCCCUUCCUCUAUGGAAUCAGAGAUGAGGAAAUACGUCGACCUUUAAAACGGAUGUUGGGUCAACUUCAUGCCUUAGCUAAGGUUAGGCCAAAAUAAAAGAAUGUACAUAGACAUGUAUGAAUAGCAAGAAUGUUUGCAGGUCAUGCAUUAUCGGUUAUAGAACAUGUUUAAAGAGCGACAUUUUAAUACGGAAUCAUUUUUAUUAGGCUAGAAAAUAUUUUAACUGUAAAAGAGCUAUGUGCUUGUUUUAUGAAGUGUUUAGUUAGCAUCUUGUUCCAUUAAUUGUUACUAUCCCGAACACAAGUUGAUAAUCAUUACAUCAUUACACAUAUAUAGACAGGCUACAAUACGGGAUUCAUCGUUAUUUUAUUGACGGUGUUUGAAAAACUGAUGUGGUAAAAUUAAUGGACCAAGAGUUGGAAUGAUUUGACUUCAGAAAAUGUUACUUUCACUCAAUUUCAUUAAAUAAAUGGGAGCAAAGAUGUCCCUGCCUUUUCUAUUGAUAUUUUGUCGCACACGAUUAUCUUGUAUUAAAAUAAUAUAAAUGCAUAGCCUAUAUAUUUUACUUAACUGUACUGUACCUUUUCGAUUUAAAGCUUUCGUGACUGCAG